GAUCCGAGAUAAAGUGUCAAUUGAUGACAAAACAUUUGCUUUAAGCUAUGACGCAUACUUGAAAAAUAGAAAACGAAAUAAAGAAAGAAUACAUACUAGCAGCAAAAACCAUUGUCAUUGAAUCAUAUUUUCAUUUGACUUAGCUUUUCAAUUCCUUUUUCAUUCCCAUCACACGACGAAAAUUCAAAAUUUUUAAGUGCAAACCAUCGCAAUUGAACGAUUGUGUAAUUUGUUGCUGAAGUUGGAAAAAAAGUCAAAUUAGUUGAUUGGUUAGUGAUUUGUUUUGUGGUCAUUUGUAACAAGAAUUAAAAAAAAAAACAUCGUCAACAUGAGUUUCUUUAGUAAAAUGUUUGGUGGUAAGAAGGAAACCACCAUGACCACUGGCGAAGCAAUUCAGAAUUUACGCGAAACAGAAAAUAUGCUGAUCAAAAAGCAAGAGUUUCUUGAAAAGAAAAUCGAACAAGAAAUAGAAACAGCCAAGAAACAUGGAACCAAAAACAAACGAGCUGCCAUUCAAGCAUUGAAACGGAAGAAGAGAUUCGAAAAACAACUCCAACAAAUCGAUGGAACACUGUCAACGAUCGAAAUGCAGCGAGAAGCCCUUGAGGGAGCCAACACAAAUACCGCUGUUUUAACCAAUAUGAAGAGUGCUGCAGACGCACUCAAAGCUGCACACCAACACAUGGAUGUCGAUCAAGUACACGAUAUGAUGGACGAUAUCGCAGAACAGCAAGACGUGGCUAGAGAAAUAUCCGAUGCUAUUUCUAAUCCAGUUGCUUUCGGCCAAGACGUCGAUGAAGACGAAUUGGAGAAAGAGCUCGAAGAGCUCGAACAGGAAGAAUUGGACAAGGAUCUAUUGGGUGUCGGUACAAGUACACAUGAGCUACCAGAAGUGCCUACUGGCGAUAUCAAAGAACCAGCUGCAGCUAGCAAAGAAAAGAAGAAAGUUCCAGCAAAACCAGCUGAAGAUGAUGAAGAUAUGAAAUUACUACAAAUGUGGGCAAAUUAGAAACAAAAGAAACCAACAAUCGAAUUGAUGCUUCUUCUCUACCUGCUGAUAUCAGCGUAACUAACGUUCUAGUGGUCACUCCAUUCGAAAUUCACGAAUAGUGUUCUUGCUUUUGUAAAAAUUGAAAAAAAUAACAAAAAAUUAUUUACAAUAAAAUAUGAUCAAAAAAAAAAGAAAAAAGAAAUAGGUAUAAAAAACACAAACAUAAACGAUGGUAAUUCAAAUCGAAAUAAAAUCUUAUGGGGCUUACAAAACAUAUGAAUUCAAAGAAAAAAAAACACUACAUAAACUUGAUACAUGUAAACAAAUCCACUCUUUUUUAAUAAAUUACUUUUAAAAUGUUA